AUGGAUUCGAGCUACAACCCGGAUCCCUCGACCGAGAUUUCCGACACCCUCUAUACCGCGCUAUUGGUAAGAAGAAAUUCGAGCGAUACGACACAGCGAGUUGAGUUGACUCCCGUAUGUUUCUCGGACCGGCUUUACGAAGAUGCUGCUGCACAGCAGUGCCUUUCGAAUCUCCUCGCUCUGGGGUUCCAUCGGAUCAUUGUCGAUUUGUACUGGGAUCAGAGCCGGCAGACAUGGAGUCUGUGCCCAGUUGAACUCAGCACCCAAGGAAAUUCGACCUCGCCCAUCAAUACUGGAGGCUAUCCUAGCAGCCUCUCUACAUCGUCUUCCUCGACGAGUCCAUCGGCUACCCUGACAAGGGCCAGGCUCUCUGGAGAUACGGCCGAGCCUCUAGAGCGGCAAGCACUCCGCAGUUCCUCGAUCAUUGUGAAUGAAGAUGUGCACCAGCGGGGACGAAUUCAUGUCCGACAAAAUUCCGAAUUUCUAUCCGAGUCUACAGCUGCAUCUGCUACCAACGCAGCAUUGACAGCCGCUACACUCACCACUGAUUCAAGCAGUAUGACCAGUGGUGGCAGCGUCGUAGCAAUGUCUCAGACUUUCUCUGCUGCACAGCCAUCGCAAACCGGUCAUCAGAUUGGUGGUUAUUCAUGCACUGAAAGCAUUGGCAUCUCCACAAUAACCAGCGUAUUGGCGGGCUAUUUUCAAGCGACGGAGAACGACCUAAACGCAACUUUUAAGUACCUCGAGUUCAAUGUGCGGCUGGCUGCUCCGUUCAAUGAUCCAGCAGACACUACAAGCGCAGCCGAUCCUGAAAGAUUGCCCACUUUCGGCAACUACAUUAGCGAUCUUAUCAACUCGACUCUCUCUCCAUACCUAUACACUCCAACUGCUCUUCGGUCCGAGAGAGCCAAUCUGAACCAAUCCUGGUUCGCAGGAGAUAUUGAUAACCCACCGGCGGUGGAGUACAUGACGACGAUGCCACUUAGUGAUGGUUCUGGGCUGUAUACUCUAGAUGGGUGGCCUAGUGAGAGCAUCAUCAUGUUUCUUCGCGCACUUCGUAUCAUAGCCAGCAUUGGUGUCGAUUCGCAAAUGCAGCAGUAUGAUUUUAGCGCAGACGCCGAAACUAUCUUUCCUGCAGAGUCUAUCUCCAACAAUAUCGGUACGACACUAUCUUCUGAUGGUGCCGUCACGAAUGGCUGCUUGUACCAACCUGGCAACACCACACUUGCCGCUGUGAACUCUUCAUGGGCCAUCUCCAGCAAUCUACCCAACACGACGUCUCUCAACACGACAAACUACGCUGCUCUAUAUCUCUCAUCGUGUGGUAUCUCACCUGUACUGAACACAUCACUUUUGGGUAGCUUGGCGACCGAUAAUGCCACGACAUAUCGCGAAUUCAUACGCGAUUCACUUUGGGGAUGGGACACAGACGAGCCUAGCGAUAGUGUAACGACGGCGACUACAAGCCGGCAUUGCGCCGUGGCGAAUCUGAAUAACAAUGGCCUUUGGGAAGUGGCCGAUUGCACUGACGAGAACCACUUCGUCUGCCGCCGCGACAACUCUCCUUAUGAGUUUAGCAUCAGCGAUGGCAAAGCUCGUUACUACCAAGGAUACGAGGCGUGCGACGAAGACUCCAGCUUUGCCGUCCCUCGUACUGCACUCGAGAAUCGCUACAUGAUCGCUGCCUUGCGGAAUUGGGUAUCUCGACAGACCGACUUUGAUGACGCGCCGGUCUUCUGGCUCAGUAUCAAUGAUAUUGAUACGAAGGAUUGUUGGGUCAGCGGAGUGGAUCAGACUUGUCCUUACCGAAGCGAUGCUAGGGACACGGGUAAGCCUACUGUGGUGAUACCCACUGUCGCGGGUGUUAUUGUCUUCUUGUUGGCCAUAUUGACGAUCACUGUCAAGUGUGCUGCGAACAGACAGAACACCAGACGGCGACUCAAGCGCGGCGAAGGGGGUUGGGACUACGAAGGAGUACCUUCAUAA